GCGAGGGCGGGAAGGCGCGAAGGCGCGAAGGCGAGGAGGCGCGCGGGCCGGGCUGUGGCGCCGAGAUGGCGGCGGCGCGGAGGCCCAUCGCCCUCACCAAGAUCGCGGCCCGGACCCCGAGCGCCGCGCCCGCCGCCCCCGACCCGCCGCGGAGGAGCCUCAGGAUCGCGUCCCCGCCGGGGAAGGAGAACGCCCCCCCUCCCCGGAAGAAGACCGCGCCCCUCGCCAAGAGCGCCGCCUCGCCGCCCGGAAAGGAGAACGCCCCCCAGCCUGAGAGGGAGACCAAGGAGGACGCCUCCCCCCCCGGGAAGAAGACCUCUCCCCGGGGGAAGGAGGACCGCCUCGCGGCCGGGAAGACCCCCGCUCCCCUGGUCGGGGGCGCCUCCCCGCCCGGAGAGGAGAACGCCCCCCGACCCCGGAGGAAGACCGCCCCCGUCGCGAAGGAGGACGCCCCCCGACCCGGGAAGGAGGCCUCCCCCUCCCCGGAGGCGAACGCUUGCUUCAGUCAGGAUGACGGUCCCCCCGGGGACCCCCGCGACCGGGAGAUGUCCCGCAAGGUGCGCCGCUCCUACAGCCGGCUGGCGGCCGCGGGCCCCACCUCCACCCCGGGCCGCCGCUCCUUCUUCGGCUUCGAGGCGCUGCUGGCGGCCGAGGAGCUGGCGGGGCUCUCGCCGGUCGGGGACGGGCCGCCGGCCCGGAGCCCGGCCGAGCCCGCCGGCCCCCGGGAGCCCGACGCGCACAUUCCGGGCGUCGCCCUGGUCAAGGAGAAACGCCGGAAAAGGAAGGUGCCGGAGAUCUUGAAAUCGGAGCUGGACGAGUGGGCCGCCGCCAUGAACGCCCAGUUUGAAGCCGCGGAGCAGUUCGACCUCCUGGUGGAAUGAGGCGAGGCGGAGACUCGGAGCCGGGACCCUUCCCCUGUACAUAGCCCCUCUGCGGCCUGCCCUCCUCCUCCCCGGACCCCCGGACCCCCGGACCCCGCCGCCCGGGUGGAGGCGCUUGAUUUCGGGUUUGAGAAUAAAAGGAAUAUCGGUUUCUCGGGA